UUUACCAAGAGCACCUCUUCUUUCAGCUGUGCUUAUUUCAUCUUUUUCUCAUAUCAGUAAGUGGAAUAACUGCAUAGGGAGAACCACAACCAUGGAUGCUGUCCAGAUUGCAAACACCGCUUUUGCAGUUGAUUUAUUCAGAAAACUAGCUGAAAAGGACAAAACUGCUAAUAUUAUUUUUGCUCCGCUUUGCACUUCCACCUCUCUGGCUCUUGCAUACAAAGCUGCCAAGGGUGAUACGGCAACUCAGAUGAAACAGGGCCUUCAUUUAGAAGAUGUCAAAGAUGUUCCUUUUGGAUUCCAAACACUUACAAAUGAUACUUCCAAACUUAGUUCUUUUUAUUCAUUGAAAAUGGUCAAGCGCCUUUAUGUAGAGAAGUCUCUCAACCCUACUACGGAAUUUCUUAGUUCUAUCAAAAGACCCUUCCCCUCGGAAUUUGAAUUAGCAGACUUUAAAGAAAAAGAAGAAGACACAAGGCUGCAAAUCAAUAAAUCUGUUUCUGAUCUUACUGAUGGUAAAAUGGAGAACAUUUUGGUUGAGGAGAGUGUCAAUGAUCAGACGAAGAUCCUUCUGGUAAAUGCAGCCUAUUUUGUAACAAACUGGAUGAAGAAAUUUUCUGAGGAGCAAACUAAGGAAUGUCCUUUCAGAAUAAACAAGACUGAAACCAAACCAGUGCAGAUGAUGAACCUGGAAGCUACGUUUUGUCUGGGCUACAUAAAUGAUUUGAAGACCAAGAUUCUGGAGCUUCCCUGUCAUAACAAGCACAUGAGCAUGUUCAUCUUGCUGCCUAAAGAUAUAGAGGACGAUACCACUGGAUUGGAACAGCUUGAGAAGGAGCUCACCUGUGAGAAGCUGCUACAAUGGACCAAUCCAAGUGCGAUGGCGAACACAAAAGUGAAUGUAUUUCUCCCCAAAUUCAAAUUAGAAGGAGAAUACGAUUUCAAGCCAAUUUUAGAAAGCCUUGGCAUGACCCAUAUGUUUGAUGAGAAUGCGGCAGAUUUCACUGAAAUGUCAGAGACAAAAGGAGUAAUUUUGUCCAAGAUCAUCCACAAAGUCUCCUUGGAAGUAGCUGAAGAUGGGACAGACUCCCGAGAUGUACCAGGUUACCGGAUCCUGCAGCACAAAGAUGAAUUCAAUGCUAACCAUCCAUUUCUUUUCUUCUUUAAACACAACAAAAGUCGUAGCAUUGUUUUUGCUGGCAGAUUCUGUUCCCCUUAAACAGAAAAAUCCCAUUAAAAAAAUCUGAUCUGUCACCACCAUUUUCUGUAAGCCUGAGCAUGAAAUAUUGAAAGGCAAUCUUUUCAUUUGCAUAUGUCGAGCAUGCAACACAAGUCACCUCUCCUAGGAAGCCAUUCUUCAAAGCAGAUUUGAACACACUUCCUGUGUGCAGCAUUAGAAUUGUAUACAACAUGUAACUCACUGAGGCAAUUAAUUGUUUAAUCCUGACCUGGGGUGAUGCUUAGAGCAGUCUCCUCCCAUUUUAAAAUCCUGAAAACACUCGUCUCUUAUUGGAAUAAUGGAAAUCUUUGCUUGGCCUGCAUUACAUACUGACAGUGGGGAAAAAUAGAAUAAAAAGUCUGUAAUUUGUAUGGGAUUAAUUGCUAUUCUAAUGGUAUUGUCCAAGAGCUUCACUGUUGUUGUCUAAUGCUUUCCUGCUGUUUUUAUUUAAUAAAUCGGAUUACCUUAAGGCAUUCCAAGUAAAAGCACU